GGCACGAGCAACAAACCUUAGUCUGAGCCAGGUUGGUGUAGCGAGCACAACGUAUACGAAUUCCAUUAAGCGCGCGUUUCUUUCCCGGGCAGUUUCUGUGUUGGAUUUUUUCCGUUUACUGCCGAGCGCUGGUCGUGGUCUGCACAGAAACAUGAGUUUUUGUUAAGAGCAAAAUUAGAAAAAAAAACACAAAAUUACAAAAAAAAAUCAAACUAAAGUUUGGCCCACAAGAUCAUUCAACAUAUUUGCAAUCAUAGCAGUUUAAAUAAAAUAAUUAAAAGGCAAUAUGGGCUCUUCCUCACUACAGCGCGCUGCAUACACAUCUUUAAAUAUAUUGUUAAUUGUGUUUUCAACAGUAAAUGGUGCCCAAAUACCAACAAAAAAAGAUGUGUAUGCUGAACUGGAGGAACCCAGCACAUCACCAAAACCCUCAGUUGAGCCCACUGUAAAAAUCAAAUGCCUUUCGGGUUCCAUGUUAAUCACCAUCAAAGAUGCGCCAGUGAAUCAUGAGAAUGGUCUGUUCAGUGGCAUGAUAUACCCCAAGGGUUUAUCAAAAAACUCCACGUGUCUGACAGAAUACAGAGACCAUGAGGGAACACUGCGUUAUAAGCUACCAUUGCGUAGCUGUAAUACUAUGCCUCAAGAAACGGAUGAUGGCGGCAUUGAGUUCUUCAACACAAUAGUGCUGCAACCACAUUUGAAAUUGAUCACCGACGCUGGUCGCGGUUAUCAUGUACGCUGUUCAUACAAAUCCCGUGAUGCUGCCAUGAAUGGCAAGAAAGCCCAUCACCAUAAAAUGGUGGGUAGUAAGUACGCCCAAAAGCCACAGGCCUUAAAAAGUUCCGAAGCCGAUAGUGCUGAUCGUCGUGGUUAUGGCAGAUCAUUGGAUAAAUAUCGAGCUGCCGGUGAUGAUUUGGAUGAGGACGAUGUCUUCGAUCAGGAACAGACUGCAGCCGACAAUAUGAGCGAGGAUAAUGAUGUGGAUAAUGAAAUACCAAUGCCUGGCUGCCAUAUGAAAAUCUACAAUGCCGAACACACUAUUGCCAAUGAUGUGAAAAUCGGAGAUCCUUUGACGCUGGUGAUAAACAUUGACAAACAGGAAUUGUAUGGCUUGCAUGUAACCGAUUGUAUUGUGCGUGAUGGUUUGGGUUGGGGUGAACAGCGGCUGGUUGGUGAAGAUGGUUGUCCCAUGGAUAAUGAAAUUAUGGGCCAGUUUAAUUAUACCUCUGACAGAUUGGCUGCCAAUGUGACCUUCCCUGCCCACAAAUUCCCCUAUACCACCUCGGUAUAUUAUCAAUGUAAUGUCAAAUUGUGUCCCCUGGUAGAUCCCGAAUGUCAAAUGGCUCCUCUCUGUGGAGGCAAACGACCCAAACGACAAGCCAAUAACGAUAACAAAGACGAAGAAGGUUCCCCAGCUACCAUUGAAGUGUUUUCUGGGUUGUAUGUCAACGAGAAUGUCGAUGUAUCAGAAGGUGACGAUGAUUCUGUAUCAAAAGAAAGGACCUUGGAAGAUGCUCUGUGCGUCUCUCAACGUACUUUUGCCAUUGCCAUAGCUAUAGCUGGCCUCAUACUGAUGUUGGCCGUUGUAGCCGCCGUUCUGUGUAUAAUGGCCCGACGCAGUACCAAGACUGUGUCAAAUUCGGGCAGCAGCAUCUAUAGUGGUCCCUAUACAAAUACAGCCUUCUCGCAUAGCAGCUAAAUCUUGGCCAAGCCCAAAUAAAAAACAAGAAAACUUAUGAAAGCAUUCACAUUUUGUACCAGCGCAAUGAAUUCUGACGUGUAGUUAGUUUAGGCUCAAAAUCAAAAAACAAGCUAAAAAAAACAAAAUUCCAAAUUUUCUCCCUUAAAGGAACACUAAAAGUGUUUAAAAAAUUCACCCUAUUAUUAAAUGAAAAAAAAAAAAACAAAUUUAAAAUUUAAAAAAUUUUAUAUUCUACUCUCUCUCUCUCUCUGAAAACAGAGAAGAGUAGAAAAAAGAAAAAAGUCAAUAUUUCUUGAAUAGUUUAGGAAAUAAGUCACAACAUUUUAGCUGCCUUCCAUAAUUUAAUGAAAAAAAAAGAAAAAAACUUUGAAUUUAAAAUCAAAUAAUUUAAGUAAUUAUACCUAGACGAUAUAUAAUUUAUAUGUUUAAAUGAAAAAAAAACAAAAAAAUUGUAUAACGUAAUUUAACAUUUAAAACAAGUCCAGCAUUUUAGCAAGCACAGCACUUAACUCGCAAGAUAUUACAGGGUUUUUCCUUAUUUUAAUUAAAUUACUAAAAUAAUUUAUAAAAAAUAAUAAUGAUAAUAAUACCUCCCAAAAGAAAAACCCUCUAAUAUCGCAGAGAUUACCAUCCCUGGGAUGGUUGGGCAUAGGGCCUUGGAAUCUCUGUUCCGAUUUUAUACAACCUCUAUCUAGCAGCAGUAAACAUUUUUAACACAUUAACACAACUACAACAACAACAACAACAUGGGUAUGUGGGUCUUAACUAAGAUUUCUACUUAAAUGUAUUUUAGCCUCCUUAACUUAACUUUUAAGUUAGCUACAAUGUACUUAAGCUUUCGAUAAUAUUAUAUCUAUGUGUUUUUGUAUACUUAGCUAACGCCCUCAGGUGAUAAACUUGUAUAGUUUAUGUGUGUAUGUGUGUGAGUUUUAGAGGGUUUUCUCUCCUACUUUCUUAUAAAAAUAACUGUGUAUUUAUUUCUGUAAAAUCUAAAGUGAAUGGGAAAACAUUAACGCAUGCACACACACACACGCACACACACACUCACUCACUAUAAACGAUUGUAUUGUAUUAUUAUUUUUUUUUUUCCUACAAUCCUUUGGCAAGAGUUUGCUUGGGUUCAACCAGGCUUUACAGCCUUGAUACUCUUUAAAUGUCUUUCGUGUAAACUUUUGCCAAUGUGAGUGUAGGCGAAGCAAACCAGAACUUGUCAUAAUUUAAUUUCUAACUAUCGAUUAUCGAAAAUAUACAACGUGUAUGUAUUUUUUUAGGUAUGUAUGCUUGUAUGUUUUUGUUUUUAAUAAAACUAUUUACUAAUUUAUUUCUUCUAAAUAA